ACCUCGGAGCCAGGGAAACGGAGAAAGAUUAGAACCCUGAGAUGAAACCUCACCAAACAAUUCCUCUUUUUAGAACCUUGCAUGUUCAGUGUUACUGCUCUCUCCAGCAGCGUCAUCUUCCUUUACUUGUUAAGAGAGCUACUUGUUGGACAAAACGGAAUACCUUUCGGCACAGCUUUUUGUGGAAUACAGUUGCCCCCUUUCUAGCACUUAAUAACUGGCCAAGGAAAUACCACCAGAGCUCAGGAACACUCUGGAACCUUGAAGCACUGCAAACAUAUUUACAGACUUUAAGCCAAGAAUACCAAAGAAUGGAGAAAUUGCUCAAUGACAGCUCAGUAAAAGAACACAGAAGAAGAGCUCUGAGCAAGAGACAUGCUGAACUAUUCCCGCUUGCUGUGACGUUUAAAGAAAUUCAAGAGGCACAAAAAGAACUUCAAGAUUUGGAGAUACUUUGUUCAAAGCUAAACAGCCCAGAAGAGAAACCACUACUAGAACUUGCUCUAGAGGAAAAGGAGAUUAUUGACCAGAAGAUCAGCGCUCUGUGUCGAAAGAUUUUCCAGAUCUUGAUACCAAGAGAAAAAUAUGAUGACAGUGGUGUAUUGUUAGAAGUAACAUCUGGCAGGACAACUGGAGGUGACAUUUGUCAGCAAUUUACCCAAGAGGUAUUUGACAUGUACCGGAAUUACGCUGAUUACAAAUGCUGGACCUUUGAGAUUGUGAACUACACUCCAGCGGAUUACGGUGGCCUACACCAUGCUGCUGCUCGCAUUUUGGGAGACGACGUCUACAGGCAUUUGAAAUAUGAAGGAGGGACUCACAGGGUGCAGCGAAUCCCCGAAACAGGAUUAUCUUCCAGAAUGCAGCGGAUCCAUACUGGCACCAUGUCUGUGAUUGUCCUCCCUCAGCCAGACGAGGUGACAAUUAAAAUCGAUCCAAGAGAUUUGCGUAUAGAUACAUUUCGAGCCAAAGGGGCAGGAGGACAGCAUGUCAAUACAACAGACAGCGCUGUUAGAAUUGUACACAUUCCCACAGGGUUAACCAUUGAGUGCCAAGAAGAGCGAUCUCAGCAAGUGAAUAGAGAAACCGCUCUGCGGACCUUGAGAGACAAGCUGUACCAGCAGACCAUAGAGAGAGAGCUGAGGCAGAGGCAGAGCGCCAGGAAACUGCAGUUGGGGACAAGAGCCCAGUCAGAGAGAAUUCGCACAUAUAACUUCCACCAAGACCGAGUCACUGACCACAGGGUUACCUAUGAAAUCCGUGACAUCAAGGAAUUCUUAAGUGGGAAGAAGCUCCUGGAUGAACUAAUCAGCAAACUCUUAGAGGCUGCAGAGAUGGAAUCUCUGAUGGAACAUUUGGAAAACAAUUUGAAAUCUCUGCAAGCAGACUCCUGACUUGAAAAGAGUAAUGGAUGCAAAUGUUUUUAAUUGGCUUGCAAAAUUUAACAAACCUCACAGACGUAUGAGUGCUGUUCUGCAUUUUAAUAUUUCAUUAUCACUGUCACUGACUUUAUGGCUGUGACCUAAACAAAUGGCAUAUAAAAGCAUGUAGAACUUCAUGCAGAG